CCCCGGCAAGAAGAGGAGGCGUUGCCCCGCGGUUUCAGAGCGUCACUACUGUAAAUGCCGAAAACCAGCACCGGCUAUCCUUCCAAGAGGACCUUAACACAGCCAUUAGAAAUAUCUGGCCGUUUCCUCGUCGGGAUAGAACGAAUAGAAAUUUCUAGCCGAUAAGACGAUGAUGAAAAACGGACACUAUCAGGUGAUCAAAGCGGGCGAGGAGGCGGAGGAGAACCCGGUGGCGGUCGCCUGCAGUCCCGAGAAGAGGAGACGGAUGGUGCGAGUGUGGUGUGACGGAUGCUAUGACAUGGUCCAUUAUGGACACUCAAACCAGCUGCGACAAGCAAAGGCUAUGGGGGAUUAUCUCAUGGUGGGAGUGCAUACUGAUGAAGAGAUAUCGAAGCACAAGGGCCCACCUGUCUUCACACAGGCUGAGAGGUACAAGAUGGUGUGUGCCAUCAAAUGGGUGGAUGACAUAGUGGAGGGUGCCCCCUAUGUUACCACUCUGGAGACUCUGGACAAGUACAACUGCGACUUCUGUGUACAUGGAGAUGACAUCACUCUGACAGUGGAUGGAAAAGACACAUAUGAAGAGGUUAAAAAGUCGGGCAGAUACAGAGAGUGUAAGAGGACUCAGGGUGUGUCCACCACAGAUCUGGUUGGCCGCAUGCUCCUGAUGACUAAAGCUCACCACAGCAACAUAGGAAGUUCAGAUUAUCAGCAACACACAGACAACUUUGGAAGGGGUCCAAAGGGUCACAGCCCCUGGACAGGGGUGUCUCAGUUUCUGCAGACAUCCCAAAAAAUCAUCCAGUUCGCCUCAGGGAAGGAGCCACAGCUGGGGGACACCAUUAUAUAUGUAGCUGGAGCCUUUGACCUUUUCCAUAUUGGCCAUGUGGAUUUUUUGGAGGCAGUACACAAGCUUUCAGACAAGCCAUAUGUUAUUGUCGGGUUACAUUUUGAUCAGGAGGUUAAUCGCUACAAAGGAAAGAAUUAUCCCAUCAUGAACAUCCAUGAGCGAACACUGAGUGUUCUGGCCUGUCGGUAUGUCUCAGAGGUGGUAAUUGGAGCUCCAUACACAGUUUCAAAGGAUUUGCUGGACCAUUUUAAGGUGGAUCUUGUUUGUCAUGGAAAGACUGAAGUGUUUCCAGACAGAGAUGGCUCAGACCCUUAUGCUGUACCUAGGAGAAAAGGUAUUCUACGGAUUGUGGAUAGUGGAAACACCCUCACCACCGAUGACAUUGUGCAGAGGAUAAUAAAAAACAGGCUGCUGUUUGAGGCCAGGAACCAGAAGAAGGAGGCGACGGAGAUGGCAGUGAUCCAGGCCAUGAAGCAGAGGGAGGAGGAAAAGGCUAAAGAGAGAUCUGAGGCUCUUCUGUAGAAAAGCUCAGUUUCAAGUGCGAACACUGGCUCAAAAAACCCCCAAACCCACAGUUCAACCUCCAACGUGUCCUUAUGCACUCUCCAUUACUCUGGAGUAGUUUGUGUACUGUGUGUGUGUGUGUGUGUGUGUGUGUGUGUGUGUACCACCAGCAGCUGUGACAAAACUAACUGUUAGCAUUACCAAAACCUUUGUAAACUGCUUGUUUUGUUAGGAGUGUUUCAGGAAAUGUGUGUGGCUGAAAAACCCCUCCUCUGUAACAGGUGUGUGUAAAGAAAAUACUUACAUGGAUCUUUUAGUGCAACUGGUAACCCCCUGCUAGUUAACAGGACAGAUAGGGGUUCCUCAAUGUUAAAACUGUACAAAAUGAUCUGAAAAUACAUGGUAUGAACACUAAACGAAGCCCUGUUAGAAGGGAUUCUUACUGUUUUAAGGUUUAUGACACGUUUUUUUAAAGGUGGCAUUCCUGCAUGAACAAUACAUGAAUUCUAGCAUUUUGGACAAUAUGGGUCCAGAUGGAUUCAUGGUAAUGAGACUGUCUUUUUAAUUGUAUGUGUACCUAUUCAGGUCUAGGAGAGAUGUGUGUGUGUGUGUGUGUGUGUGUGUGUGUGUUUGUGUGUGUGUGUGUGUGUGUGUGUGUGAGCAUGUACACGUGGACUUUUGUGACCCUUGCCAGUACUCAAGAUUUAGUGUUACAUCUUACUAUCUAGAUCUAUUGUCACACCACUUACAACACAUCUGUAAUCAUACUGUAAAUAUGUAUUUUAUGUAACAUGUACCUAAUAUAAUAGAUCUCUUUAUCUGUCUCAGAUUUAAAUAAGCUAAUCUGGCAGAAGUUUUUUCUGCAUGAAUCACUGUAACAAAUCUAAGAUUAUACGAAUACAGAAUUAAUGAUUGUUUAAUUCCAUCUCUAUUAAUAGCACAGACAUAAAUCAGAAGACAGAAGAUUGUGUCUCAGGACCUCUUUGUUGUCAAUUUUUACCCUGUUAUUCUUAUUUAAAUGCUUUACUUUUGCUUUUCCACACUUUGUCAGAAUAGGUGUAAUCUAAGACAUAAGAAUGCACAAAGAACUGUCCCAGGAUUUUCUUUUUGAAGACAUUUACAAUUAAUAAUUUAUUUAGAAGUGUGAGAAUGCUGUGGAUGAUGUAGCCCAUAAUAUUCUGCUAACUUGGGGCAUUUCCAAAACUAAUCUCAGGUGUCUCUAUGGAUACCCAAACCUUGCCCCCUGAAAUAAAUGAUUACUAUAUGUC